UGCGCCAAGGAGACUCCCAAACAAGAACCUCACUCUCCCGGAAACCCACCCAGAACCUCCAACCUCGACACCAUGGUCAGCUCCUGUUGUGGCUCCAUCUGCUCUGAGAACAGCUGUGGCCAAGGCCUCUGCCAGGAGACCUGCUGCCGCCCCAGCUGUGAUGUGUCCAGCUGCUGCAGGCCCCAGUGCUGCAUCUCCAGCUGCUCUCGCCCCAGCUGCAGCCAAUCUGUGUGCUGCCAGCCCACUUGCUGCCGCCCCAGCUGUAGUGUGUCUAGCUGCUACAGGCCCCAGUGCUGCAUCUCCAGCUGCUGCCGCCCCAGCUGCAGUGUGUCCAGCUGCUGCAGGCCCCAGUGCUGUAUCUCUAGCUGCUGCCGCCCAGGCUGCAGUGUGUCCAGCUGCUGCCGCCCCAGCUGUGAUGUGUCCAGCUGCUGCAGGCCCCAGUGCUGCAUCUCCAGCUGCUGCCGCCCUUCUUGCAGUGGAUCCAGUAGCUGUGGCUCCACCUGCUGCCGCCCCAGCUGCAGUGUGUCCAGCUGCUGCCGCCCCAGCUGUGAUGUGUCCAGCUGCUGCAGGCCCCAGUGCUACAUCUCCAGCUGCUGCCGCCCCAGCUGCAGCGUGUCCAGCUGCUGCCAGCCCCAGUGCUGCAUCUCCAGCUGCUGCCAGCCCUCUUGCUCCAGUUCUAGCUGCUGCGACUCCAGCUGCUGCCGCCCCUCCUGCUGUCUGCGCCCAGUCUGUGGCCGGGUCUCCUGUCACACCACUUGCUACCGCCCCACCUGUGUCAUCUCCACCUGCCCCCGCCCUGUGUGCUGCCCAUCCUCUUGCUGCUGAGGCCCCUGCUCGGUGACCACCUUUUCUGUUUACCUCUGUCCUCACAGAUGUAGACCCUUCUUUUGUGCUGACCAUUAGGAUACAUGGAGUUUGGUUGAUAUUUAAUGAGUUGGGCCUCAUGUUUCCAACGAGCCCACCACCGUCCCACUGACUCUCCAAGCACAUUCUGGUUCAUUUGAAACUCUCUCCCUUGCUAUAUUUCCCUUUCACUGUGGGCACCAAAUAUGAAUUAAUUUGCAAUCCAUCAGUUAAGAAAUUAUCCCAGUCCUCUAAAUUUCUCAUUCUUCCUUAUCACACUGGGGUUCUAGAUUAUCCUUCCAACAAGGUGGACACUAUUUGUAGCCCUUCUGUGGCACUGAUUUGAUACCAUCAGACCUGGGGGUCCAGGUCCAGCCUGUAUUUUCUCCUGGAGUGAAUUUCUUACGUUUUGUUGCUUCUCUGCUUUCUAAUAAACUUUUCUGCACAUAAGGA